AUGCAUUUAUUUACUUCAGAGUCGAGGAUGACGCCGUCUCUUUUAUUCCCAGCCUUUCUGUUUUUGGCACCCGUGCUGCUGAAGGGUCUCUGGGUCAGUGGCUCCCCGGGCUGCGCGUCCUGUAGCUUAUCGGCGAUCGAAAAAGACGCACAGGAAAAGAUGAUGAUAGAAAUCGUCAAGCAGCAACUUUUGGACAAGCUGCACCUGAAAGAGAGACCAAACAUUACUCAGACGGUUCCCCGGGUCGCGCUCCUCACUGCGCUGCGUAAACUGCAUGCGGGGCGCGUCAGACAGGACGGUACCCUUGAAUUAGAGAACACCAUACCGACCAAAGAUCAAGGCUAUGAAAUAGUGAGCUUUGCAGAUUUAAACGGGACAGAGAGCGGUGAUGCAGCCAGUCUCAGUCUUACCUUCCAGUUUCUGCAGGAGCGUGGCCAGAGCAUCCACGUAAUCCAGUCUUCUCUGUGGAUCUACGCCCGCUCCUCAAGUCGGGACUCCCGUCUCUCUGCACGGGUUUUCAUCUCUGCCGAAGAUGGGGUGUCAGGCGUUAACCGCACCCUGGUGAUGGAGAAGAUGCUGGAGGUCCAGGAGAGUAACUGGCACACCUUCCCUAUCACCCGCACCCUGCAGGCCUUCCUGGAUGGAGGCCAGCGCCGGCUGAGGCUGGAGGUCAGCUGCGAUGAAGACGGGAAGAACCUCUGCUCCCUUGAUGACGCUGCCACCCCAAACCAGCCCUUCCUGGUGGCCCAGGUGCGUCUCCGGGAAGAUCACUCCAAACACAGGCUCAGAAAGCGCUCGUUGCGUUGUGGGGACGAUGUGAGCGUGUGCUGCAAGAGAGACUUCUACAUCAAGUUCAAGGAUAUCCAGUGGCACGACUGGAUCAUUGCACCUGAAGGCUACCACAUGAACUACUGCAUGGGCCAGUGCCCCCAGCAUCUGGCUGGCUCUCCGGGCAUAGCUUCCUCCUUCCAUGCCACUGUCUUCAGCCAGCUCAAAGUCAACGGCAUCAACACGGCUGCAUCUUCAUGCUGUGUUCCCACUGAGCGCCGGCCACUCUCCAUGGUGUACUUCAACUCCCAGCACAGCAUUGUCAAAACGGACGUGCCUGACAUGAUAGUGGAGUCCUGUGGAUGUACAUAAAGGAGAGACUAUCAAAGACAUGAUAUAGUUAAUAUAGAUUUCAACAGAGAAUAUUAAAUAUGUAAGUAUUUUUCUAUAUCUAGUUUGGGACAACAAACUCUAAAUAUAUUGUAUUUUUCUAAAAGAGAAGUCCCAAAUUAGACACACAAGUGUGUUGAAAUUAAUAGACACACCGUUAAGCAGUUUACAUGCAUAUAAACGAUGACUACAAUGUCACAAAAUUAACAUUGCAUUUCAGUUGGCACAGAGAUAUUUUUUGUACUAUAUUUUAAGAAAUCAGUUUGCCACACAAAUUAAAUUUCUGAUAUGCAGUAUGUAAAGAGCUAGUUGGAGGCGAAAUGUUGAGUGCCAACUGAGUGAAUCUAAAUGAGAUUAUACACGGAGAAACAUUUUGGUAACACUUAUAACAGUCAUUGAUCUUUAUAAAGGUUCCUUUGUGUCCCUGACAAGUUUUGUGUCAUGGUUAUGACAGUGUCAUAAUGUUCUUUUAUCCAUAUAUCAGAGGCAUCAAUUAAAGAGAGGAUAGAAACAUAUGGCAGUCUCAACACAGACAAGAAAGAUGUGACAUUAAUGUCAAAUAUUCACAGUGGUGACAAGUAGAUCAGGCCAGGGCUGAUAUAAGUCACACUUAUGUUGAAGAAUUUGUUUUAUGGAGGUCACAAAAAAUACAAAAUAGAUUAAUAUGUGGCCUUCACUGUAGUGUGCAUUUUAGAGAUGCAAUCUUUUUUUAAAUUUCAUUUCAUUGUAGGUUAUUUAUUUUAUGUUUCAGAAUUGCUGCUGGGAUUCAGUCCAAAAUAAGAUUUUUUAUGGAUCUCAUGACCUGAGCAGCACUGACUUGCUCUUUCAAAGCUGAGCAAAACAUUAGUUACGUGGUUAUUUUUUCCACGUUAUUAAGUCACAGUGUCCACAUGCGGUAUAUCUGCACACUUUAUAUUACACACAUUGUUAUAUUUUCAUGAUCUGCACCUUUUGCUUAGCCUAACAUUAUAAUAUAUUUUAAAGCAAGACUUUUAAAAAACAAAGAGAGAGAUCCUUGAUUUAAAGUGUGCCUUCUUCUGUAAGUCGUGAUGGCAAAGUGGAACUUCAGUAUCACAUCAUCUUGGUCUAAAUACCAAAGAAAAUCCACUUAAUUGAGUAUUAUUACUGAUUAAUGCAGUUUUUAUAUGUGGACCUGUGAUGCAAUGUUCAUAUGGGUUUUAAAUAUGUUUUAUAUAUGGAAUUUUCUUAAAUUACAGCCAACAAACAUUUUAGUUUUAUUGUGAAGUGGCUGCGAGAAGCAGUUUUUUUUUAUGAUUGAGCCGAAACAAACGGGUACAUUCUGCCCUGAUUUCUUCUGCUGGUGCUGCACGCAGGUGAAAUACGUUUGAUCAGCAUCUCCACUGUACUAUUUACACAAGGAGACUAAUCAGUUGGGUAACUAUAUGAACCCAAGGUCAUUUCUCAGCAGCGUGAGCAAACAUUUAGCUAUUGCUUCAGUGUCAGGUUGUGUGAAGGUCUGCGAGGCUGGUGGGUCACUAGGCAUGUGCUGCUGCACGUUGGCACUGAGAUCUCUCAGUCUAAAGUCUAAAGUUUUCUGGGAUGAUGUAAAAUAAGAGGCUCCAACAUCAUCCUCGUAUCCCAACAGCACAAUUUUUAUUCCUUUAAUUCAUCUUUGAGAAUGUACAGUAUGUCCAUACCUAAAAAAAUAACUAAGUGAGGUGUGAGAUGUGCAUUAAUGCUAAAAUGGCUAAAAAGUGUUUCGCACAUAAGCCACACAAUGCAAAACAACGUUACUCACAGAUGGGGAACAAAUGGUGCAACAGCUCGUAAAAAACAAAGUCAUAAAUUAUCCGAAAAACACUUUUUUAUGAGAUUUUCAAAUGUGGUAUCGGCAAUGACUCAAAGAUUUUAACGUCUGUCAGCAUCUGCUUCAUUUAAGCCAUAAUGCACAUAGAAGAAUCAUAUAGUACUAUCAUCUCUUACAUACACACUACAAAUAUUGCUAGUAUGUCCAAUAUGUCUAUAGUAUAGAUCUGAGACCCAGGCCUUGUCUACUUCUCGCCUAUCUUUACAUCAAGUGGUGUAAAAGCCAAAGAUAUUUUCUACUCUGAUGUUUCAUGGGUUUGUCCUUUCUGUGUUGCUAAACUAUAUUGUACUGCCAUGAUACACAGGGAAGAUUUUCAUUUUCAGGCAGUGAGUUGUGGCAUUUUUGCCCAAACAUUUCUAUUACAUUUCCGACCAAAUAGCCCACAAACAUGUUUCACCUCUCUCUGUUGCCUCUCAAAGCUGCUUUUGUAUUAUUUCUUCCAACCUGUGUAAAACAAUUCUAAUGCUCAAGUUUAUUGUGUGUUAUUUUUAUCUUGCAAGCACCCCCUUGUCCCAGGACUCAAUGUGGCAUUGAGGUGCCAUCAUAACCUAACUUAUUAAGCACUUUAUCACCCUACUGUAUUUUUUUUAGAGCAAAUUUUGCUUCAGGGUUCUACUACCUACAGCUCACGUGGGAACUAUAGAAAAUGUAGAUACUGUAGACCUGCAGAAAGCAAAUGUCAGUCAUCUGAUUCUCGCUCUAGUUGUGGCACGCACAUUUCUGUAUACUGUAACUGGUGGAAAUGGAGCCAAGGAUUUCAAUUUUGUGUCAAUUUAAAGUUGUAAUUACUGUCUUUAUUUUUUAUAUGAUGCUAUAUUUCAUGUAUAAUGAAUGUAAUAGCAAAUGGAAUGAUAUGGUUACAGUUAAAGUAUAUUUUUUAAUAAAUAAAUAUUUUAAAUCAACCUGGAUGUUUCCAUUUUAUGUUUUCUCUCCUCUUUAGCCACAAUGACAACACACUGCACCUUGGAACAGAAAGAAUAAUAGUCAAAGUCAUUAUGAAAAAUGUAUACAACUUGAACUGACCACAGCAGAGAAAAUGACGUAUCACUAAAUACAAAUACACAGUCGCCGAU